AGAGGCCAUUUUGCGUCCCCGCGUGUGUGCACCUAAUCUCAGCUGGUCCACCCGAGACCCCCUGAGCGCCUACCCUAGUCCCCCGCGCGGUCCCAUUUCCGCUCCAACAAGAUGAAAGAAACUAUCAUGAACCAGGAGAAACUCGCCAAACUGCAAGCACAAGUGCGCAUUGGUGGGAAAGGAACUGCUCGCCGAAAGAAGAAGGUGGCUCAUAGAACAGCUACAGCAGAUGAUAAAAAACUUCAGUUCUCCUUAAAGAAGUUAGGAGUAAACAAUAUCUCUGGUAUUGAAGAAGUGAAUAUGUUCACAAACCAAGGAACAGUGAUCCACUUUAACAACCCUAAAGUUCAGGCAUCCCUGGCUGCGAACACUUUCACCAUUACAGGCCAUGCUGAGACAAAGCAGCUGACAGAAAUGUUACCCAGUAUCUUAAACCAACUUGGUGCAGACAGUCUGACUAGUUUAAGAAGGCUGGCUGAAGCUCUGCCCAAACAAUCUGUGGAUGGAAAGGCACCACUUGCUACCAGAGAGGAUGAUGAUGAUGAAGUUCCAGAUCUUGUGGAGAAUUUUGAUGAAGCUUCCAAGAAUGAAGCAAACUGAAUUGAGUCAACUUCUGAAGAAGAUAAAACUUGAAGAAGUUACUGGGAGCUGCUAUUUUAUAUUAUGACUGCUUUUUAAAAAUUUUGUUCAUGGAUCUGAUAAAAUCUAGAUCUCUAAUAUUUUUAAGCCCAAGCCCCUUGGACACUGCAGCUCUUUUCAGUUUUUGCUUAUACACAAUUCAUUCUUUGCAGCUAAUUAAGCUGAAGAAGCCUGGGAAUAAAGUUUGAAACAAGAUUAAUAAAGUU